AUGGGGCGUGCUAAACUGAACCUAGAGUUGAUACCCAAGGAGAAAUCUCGGAACGUGACCUUUCAAAAGAGGAAGAAAGGGCUGAUAAAGAAGUUGCGCGAGUUCACAAUCCUAUGCGGCGUCGAAGGCUGCAUGAUAAUAUACGGCGGAGGAGCACCCAAACACAAACAGAUGCAGGACGAGGAGAACCCGCCGCCGCCGGUGGAGCCGGAGAUAUGGCCGGCAAACCCCGACGAUGUCCGGAAAGUGAUCAUGAACUACAAAACCCAUACAAAGGAAGAGCGGGGCCGCCGGACCUCUGACCUUACCGACUUCUACAAGGACCGAAAGAAGAAGGUUGACGAACAGCUGGCCAAAGUACGCCGGGAAAUCGCUCUGGCUAAGUACCCCACGUGGGACGACCGGAUGGACAGCUUCAGCGGGGCUCAAUUGAGUCAACUGGGCUUUUUCUUGGGGAACAAACUUGAAGACGUGAGGAGAAGAGUUGAGUUCUUGAAGGCAAUCGGUGCGACGUCGAGUAGGAACAAGAACCUUCAGCAGCAGGAAUCACCGUCGUCGCUAGAACCUGCUGUUCUUACUACUACUACUACUCAUACCUAUAGCGACGAUUACCAGACGAAGCAUGUCUCCGCUGAUUAUUCUGUAUCUGCGUUACUCAAUAAUAAUAAUAACGGUAUCGUUCCUCUUCCGACGGUUGACCCAGUCCUAAUGGCCCAGUAUUACAACUCCGAUCAAUUACUACUUCCUCAUCACCAUCAUCAGAUGCUUCUGCACCAUCAUCAUCCGACGUUUGAUCAUAUGAGUAGCAUCGUAAAUCCUUCGGCGAUGGGGCUGAUGAUGAUGAACGAUGUCGGUUACUACGGUAACGUUCAUCAGUUGACGGCGGGUUGCGGCGACGGGCAGUGUUACAAUUAUUACGAUCCGACGGCAGCCGGGAUGCUCAUAGCAGACAACAUGGUACUUAACAGCGGCAGUAGUAGUAGUUCAACGCUGUCGUCCGCGAUCCCCUCGAUGUACUACUAUGGAGCGGGCAGCGUGCAGUCUAUGCUGCCUUACGCAGCGCAGUCUCCGGCAACGACGUCGUUGGGGUUGGGGGUGUCGCCUUCGCAGCACUCACAGACAGUGCCGAAUGGGGCUGCUUCUCAUCAUCAGAUGGGGGUGGGGGUGUCCUCGCACACGCAGCCACCACCCUAUGCUCCUUCUCAUCAUCAGUUGGGGGGGCUGGGGGGCUCUUCACACUCCUCUCAUGAGUUGGAAGAGUACUACUGUGACUUUGAAAUGAGAAUAAAGAGACAGGGUUUUAGGUUUGGGCCCUAG